CAUUUUGAAAUCGAUGAAAUAGAUGAGUUCUUCUUCUCUGAGUUCUCUCCUCUCUUCUCUUCACAAAUUCGAAAAGAAGUAACUGAUAGAUAAACUGUCCUAACCUUCAAUUUUCUUUAAACCUCACAAUCAGCAACCAAGCAAUCCCUAGUUAUUCAUCUUGAUUUAUCCUCUUCUUGUUACAACAGAGAGCAAAUGAAUUCUAUUGCUUGUUGUAAACCCUAUGGUUAAAUUCCGCGAAUUACAAAUUAGUACAGUUCUUGAUGAGUUUUUUAAAACAUAUAUGGUGAAUUUAUUGAUGGAGAUAAAGAUUUAAACAUUAAGGGUUAGAUCAAAUGGUAUAAACAAUAUUGCAGUCAUUGAAGUUACGUCUCAUUCUUCUUUCUGUUCCUAAUAUCAUUCAGAGGAGCAGAAUGCAGAUUUUAAUUUCUUUAACAAAUAUCGGGAAUUACUUACUUAUCCUAUUACUACGCACAUCUUCUAGACCUCCAUUGUCAUGUUCUCUCUCUUUUCACUUCUCAACAGUAAAGAUGGUCUGAGUUAUAGGAUAUCUUUGUAGUCCUUGUUGGAUCAAUCAUCCGGGAUGGCUGAUUUAUUUGCAAAAAAUUUGAUCAAGUGGAAAGUGAAAACCCUUGUGUUCUCGGUGAUUAAGUUGUCCAAAAAUGGGGAACUGAUCUUCCUUUCUCGUUUGUGGUAUAUAAUUUAUCUUCUAUCUAAUACUAUUUCAAAUUAGGAGAUCUUUAUCUUUAAAUUAAAAGUGCUAUCAGGUAAUCAGUAUCAAAAACAUUGUUAAUACAAGUUAAUAUGAUGCAAGCAUGCCCACGGAUCAAAAGAAAAUAAUAAUCAGUACAAGUACAGGCGAAGGUACUGAUCAAAUCGGAUAAAAAGCAUCCAGAUUUAUCAAGUGGUGAAAAAGCAGCAGCAUGCAGAUUGGUGCUCAGGAAUCUGACUCAUUUUGUUGUUAUGUCAAUGCACAAAAGAAGGCUGUGGCUGGGAUAUGAACAAAAAUUCAUCUCCCACAGCAUGAUGCCAACAUUUGUGCACCAAUCAACAGCCAGACUAAGAUGAAAAAAUAUGGAAGAACGAAAACCUGAUAUGCUGCUCGUUUGAUAUUCAUUGAAACUAGCUAUUACAGCGUAUAGUAUUUUAAAAUUCAGGACCACGAUGAAGCACAACCUGGGAAGAAGCUAUUUUAAAAAUGAAAUAGAUCUGUUUGAAUGGACAGAAAAUUGUUGGGUCUCCGUAUGCAACCGUCAGUCUCCGUGUGUGUCCGCAUCGGCAUUGGUGGGCGUGCUUGCUUCCCAUACCCUAUCAAACACAAUAUAAUUAACGACCGAAAUCUUGCAAUUCCAAGAUAAGUGGAAACACAUCUCAAACUUCCUCCUUGGCUCUCCAGACACUCUUGCAAUUGUACCUGUACUUCUUUAGACAAACAAAUUCACUUCCCUAUUACUACUACUUAUUAAUGGAGAACAGCAUUGCACCAACAGCUUCAUCACUGCAAGUACAACCUCUCUCUUCUAAAAAUGUCGGAACCCUUUUCAAUUCUGUCGAAGCUUUCCUCUUCGAUUGCGAUGGUGUUAUUUGGAAGGGAGAUAAGCUUAUCGAAGGUGUUACAGAGACAUUAGAAAUGCUUAGGUCUAAAGGUAAAAAAUUAGUGUUCGUGACAAAUAACUCCUCAAAAUCAAGAAAACAAUAUGCCAAAAAGUUCCGCUCACUUGGGGUUCCUGUUAACGAGGAAGAAAUCUUCUCUUCAUCGUUUGCUGCAGCCAUGUACUUGAAAGUAAACAAGUUUCCUCAAGAUAAAAAGAUUUAUGUUAUAGGUCAGGAGGGUAUAUUGGAAGAGUUAGAGCUUGCUGGUUUUCAAAGUCUCGGUGGCCCUGAAGAUGGGAAGAAGAGUGUAGAACCGAAAUCAAAUUGCCAUUUUGAAUAUGAUAAAAAUGUUGGAGCUGUAGUGGUUGGAAUUGACCACUACAUUAACUAUUACAAACUCCAUUAUGCGACCCUGUGCAUUCGUGAAAAUCCUGGGUGCCUUUUCAUUGCUACCAACCGCGAUGCUACAGGCCCUAUGUCUGAUUCACAAGAAUGGCCCGGUGCUGGAUGUAUGGUUGGUGCUGUCUGUGGAUCAACACAAAAAGAACCCAUUGUGGUUGGAAAGCCCGCAACCUUUAUGAUGGACUUUUUACUGCAAAAAUUCCAGAUUGAUACCUCAAAAAUGUGUAUGGUGGGAGAUAGACUGGACACCGACAUCCUCUUUGGAAAAAAUGCUGGUUGCAAGACCCUGCUUGUUCUCUCGGGUAUAACAUCACUAUCUGCACUUCAAGACCCUUCGAACAACAUCAAGCCAGACUACUACGCAAGUAAGGUAGCCGACAUUCUUAAAUUCUUGGAAGAAUAAAUCUUACACUUAUGUCAGGCUUUAUCAGAAUAUCAAUUAUCCACCAUUAGCCAAAAUGAACAAAUAUUUUUAUUGUUGAAUCCCUAAACUUGAUUUGUGCAGUAUUUACUCCGUGUAUCAGCUCUUCUAUAAUAAAGAAAA